AUGGCAGCCUCUCCCUCCACGAACUGGUUAAUUACUAUCAGCCCAUUGCUGGCAUUGCUGACGUCGAACCGGUCGAAAAAGCUUAACGAAGUCGGUGGUUGUACUCGUGCGGAGUUGGCGAGCCCCGUCCAUGCCGACACAUUAAUAAUCGGAGUGCAACGACCGGAGCGGAGCGGCGACUACAACCAUGCGGCCAGGGUCAUGCCACUUAUGCAGGUGCGCUUAGUGCUCUUCCGACCCCUAUUCUCUGUUCCGAAGAAAGCUAUGCACCAAGACUGUAUUAUAGGAGAUCCUCGCCUCUACUCUUUAACUACACUCAGGAGCAUCGUCGAUCUUCCUCGGUAG